AGCUGCUCUAAGGUGCACAACAGGCUAGUUCGAGUUGGAACUUUGGUGGACUUGAGGGGGGCCAUGGUUUUGUCAACAUCACAACAAGUCGCCUUGGCGUUCACGGCGGUGCUUUUGACGUUUGUUGUUCUCCCGAAGAUGUUUAGCUCUGGCGGGGGGAAUGGGACCAAGGAAACGAGGCUCGACCCUCGCUACUCCAGAAAAGUGGCAGGUGGUCCUGCCCUGGGCCCACUGAGGGGUCCGGCUGCCAGCGUGAGCGCCCCCAGCUCCCAUCAGUCGGCCGAAAGCGUGCAGCAGAUGAAGAAGCUGAUGGAGCAGGAGCUGAAGGGCAACAAGUACAAAUCCAACAACAACAACAACAAAGGCUACGUGUUCACACUCAUGCCGCUCUACGCCAUCGGGGUCGGGGUUUUUGCGGCAUACAAGUUUUUGAAGAUCAAGUCUUCAGAUGACCAGGCACAAAAAGACAAAUUUGCAAAGGGGGCCAAAAAAUCAGUGGAGGCAGAGAACCAGCUGAAUGAACUGGAACAAAGGCUCGCACAAACAGAGCGGAUGCUCAAUUCCAUUCUCACCCAGUUAGACCCGCUCACAAACUGCGCCAAGACUGUGGCCCAGGAGCAAAAGAAUGAAAUCAUGUCCCAGCUGCAGACCAUCCGCUGCCUCAUGAAGAAGAGAGGAAUGGACUGUCCGCCAUUGAACGAGGCCUGCUUUGAGCAGAAUUUGGACAACCUCAUUGAAACACUUGGGGCCAGCGAUACCUCGGCAGGGGACGCCUCCUCCACUGAGGACGUGGAAACUCCCGCAACAACGGAGGAUACGGCCGUGGAAGACUGUCCAACAGCGCAAGAAGGAGCUGAAUCAGAAAGUGGGAACAUCAGGAAGCCUCAACAGGAAGCAUCGGAAGAGGAUGGGGUGGAAGAAAAAGGAGACGAGGGCGAGGAAACGGAGGAGACUGAUGAAGAGGACGAGGAAGGAUAUGAGGAGUUUGACCUCAGGCCUUCACUGGAGGACACGAACACGGAGGAGACUGGAAAAGUUGAGCAGGCGUGCGGCCUCAGGCAACGAUCCAGGAUGAACUAACCAGUAACUAAUAAGUAUACUAUAAGUAUACUAUAAGUAUACUAUAAGUAUACUAUAAGUAUACUAUGUACACUGCACACUCAAAUAUCGACGAUGUGAUGCUGUCCCAAAUCCACGACUCACAUUGCACACUUGACAUGGAAACGGCCAAUCACCCGCUCUCCUUUACAACCACUUACGCCCCCCCCCCCCUUGCUUCCACUACGUAGCCAAGAUGGCAUCUACUGUAUCAAGGGUGGGAAGUGUCCAUCAAUGCACACUCGCCAUUUGGAUGGAGGGCAACACCCGGGUACUGACAGUGCACUGCAAGUGUGUGAGUAUACUCGGGUACCGUGUGUAAGUACGCAAGCCGCCAAUAGAGACAGCCCCCCUCCCUUCAUAAAUUACAUUAUUUAUUUUAAUAUGAAUUCACCCACCCAAGAGAGUGUCAAAUCUUUGAAUAUAUCAGGGGUGGGCAAACUUUUUGACUCGCGGGCCGCAUUGAUAUAACAAAAUUUCCGGGGUGGGGGGGGGGGGGUCAGACUAUAUAUUUUACACGUAACAGUCCACCUGGUAUUAUUGUAUCUGUAAAAUUGUCAUGCAAUCUGCUAUUAUUAUUUAUUAUUUUACAUUUAUAUUUAAAUAUUUUAAGAAUAAUAAAAUAUUAUAAUAAUUAAAAUAAAAUUAAAAUAAUAAUUAUUAUAUUGUUAUUAUGUAAAAUAUGCAAAUAUAACAACAUUAUUAUAUAUAUUUAAUAUAAUAAUUAGCAUUAAUAUAAUAAUCAUAAUAGUUAUAAUAAUAAUAUAAUAAUUAUUAUUUUAAUUUUUAUUAUGUGCUUGUGUCUCUUUUUUCAGGAGCACUUUGUAAACAACAGACCAUGUCAAACAACGAAAUUGAUACAACCAUCAAAAGGUUGGCUCAGGCCAUGAUGCCAGGUUGUAUGUUGAGUUUAAAUUAAAUACUUUGGAAAGAUUGGGCGGGCCGUAUUCAAACACUUGGCGGGCCGGAUGUGGCCCCCGGGCUGUAGUUUGCCCACCCCUGGAAUAUAUAUAUAUAUAUAUAUAUUAGGGUGCGUCAAAUUUGAAUGGGAAAUUUUAAUUUCAUAAUAUCAAUUUGGCUGGCAUUUUGGCAUUUGGCUCAGCUAUUAGCUAACUCUCAUUAGCAAACUGUAGCUAGCUAAUGUUAGCUACAGUAGAGGCAAUGAGCGCUAAAAAACCUUUAAAUAUGACUACAAAUCAUUCAAAUUACAAAGACUAAACCACAAAUUUGCUAGUAAUAUGUAAUAGGAGUAUAAAUAUCAACAAAACCUCACAUCUCCAUGGCGACCAUUAAACUGUUCACCAUUUUAUUCCACAAAAAACAGAUGUAUGGUGGCACCCCGAAAUAAUCAUGUAUUAGAAAAAUAUUUUCUACGUGUUGUUUCGACAUAUAUUGGAACACUUUUAGUACCCAGCCAUAUCAAAAUUCAAUAAUUGUGUUUUUUUUUUAAUGCACCCUAAUUAGGGCUGUUAUAACUAACUGUAUGCAUUCUACUUGUGUUUUACCACAGUGUCUUAAAAGGGAAUUAUACUUCACAACCUCUAGGGGGAGCCCUUGCAUAAAUUUUUUAUAUAAUGUCAUGGACUGGAACUGCUGAUACAAAUAUUGGCUGAAUAUAUUGUGUAAAAAUAUCAGAGUACUACUGCAUGCCUAUUUAUUUUUUACCUGCAUACCGUGGUUGCGUGUUGUAAUCAAUUAGUGAUGUGUAUUUUGAUACAGUGAUUUGUCUCAUUGUUGGACAUAAAUGGCAAAAAAAAAAACUUAUCAUCAUCGUGACCAUAAGUCGGCGGUCAUGUGUAUGCAACCCAGGACAUAAUUUACAGAAAUAAAUACCUACACUACAAAAUGUUUGCUUUUCUAGCUGUGCCUGUGUAUCAAGUUGUGUGUGUAGUAAGUGAAAUAAAUAUACAUAUGUACACUGUUCUAUACU